AAGAUGUGUGGCAUAGCAGUGAUUGUGUCUGGAAUUAAGAUAAGUUUAUCAUCUUUAGACCCAAAUUUUAUCUCUCCAAUACCUUUAUUGGAACAAAAGGUAAUAGUAUAUAACUCUCUUUACUGAAAUAACCAUUGAUUCAAGAAUAGCUAAACUGCAGCCUUAUUAGGGCCUUUAUUUACUUCUGAUUUCAUAUUUGCUACUCUUUUUUGUAUCUUUAGAUGAAACCCUUUUGCUGCUACAUCUAAAAUAAGUUUAAAAAACAGCAUAAAACUGCCUGGAACUGAAAAGGGGAAUUGGAGAAAGGUAGCUUUUAAUUAAAGAAUUAGAUGAAAGGAGCUAUCUUUGCAUCUUAAUGAGGAAAGAUUGAUGUGAAGCUUCUAAAGUUGUUGUCUUUUUUCAUGUAUAGUUAUAUGAACCCCAUAUGCUACAACAUAUAAAUUAUGUAGAAGAGGAACAACUAAAAGAAGCUAUUUGUUUAGCUUUAUGAUGAAUGAGGUUUCUGUCGUUAUGUUUCUUUAAAAUUUGUUUGAUUGAUCUGCCCAAUUUUCAUACAACCUGUGAAUGAAGUAAAAGCAGCAUAAGAGCUUCCUGCAAUUGAGAAAGGGAAAUUUUAGAAAGAUAGCUUUGAUGAAAGGAUUAAAAGAAAUACCUUUGCACCUUAAUGAGGAAACAUUUAUGUGAAGUUUCUAAAGUUGCUAUCUUUCAUCUCUCAACUUCUGAGUCGUUAGAUGUACCCCUCUUGCUACAAUGUCUAGAUUAAGUAGAUGAAGCAAAAACAGCAUAAAAACUUCCCGCAACUGAAAGGGAAAUCUUAAAAAGACACCUUAGGUAAAGAAUUAAAAGAAAAGAACGAUCUUUGUACCUUAAUGAGGAAAUGUUGAUGUGAAGUUCUAAAGUUGUAACCUCAUCACUCGUUUCUGAAUCGUUAGAUGUUCUAAAGAUGUAACCUCAUCACUCGUUUCUGAACCGUUAGAUGUACUCUUUUUGCUACAACGUCUAUAUUAAGUAGAAGAUAAACAAUUAAAAGGACUUGUCUCUAGCUUUAUGAUGAAUGAUUUUGAAGUUCCUGUUAUUGUUUUCCUUUAUAAUCUUUUUGAUAGAGCUGCUCUUUUUUGUACGUCUCAAAUGAAGAAAAAAACAGCUUAAAAACGGCUGCAACUGAAAAGAGUAACUUAAAAAAGCUAGCUUUGAUAAAGAAUCAAAAGAAAAGAGCUAUCUUGCUCCUUAAUGAGGAAGAUUGAUGUGAAGUUUCUAAAGUUAUCUUUUUAAUUUUUGAGUGAUCUUUAGAGGCUGACAACGUUUUAUAUUGUCAUUAGACUUUAUUUUCAGUGGAUGACAUAAAACGGGUGUUAAGAAGAAGGGGUCCAGAUAGUUUGGGAUGCAAGAAAGUUUUACUUCGUGCCAGGGUUUCAUCUUUACCAGGUGGGGAGCAAGAUGUUGUUGCCUUUGUGGAGGAUGAAGAUGCGAGUGAAGGAGAGAAUUUUCAUACGGGCGGUGGCGCUGCUAAAGAAUUCAUUAGAGAAUUGCAAUUUCUUGGUGCUACAUUGCAGCUUAGAGGCAUAAAUCCUAUUGUUCAACCAUUGGUGGACAUGUCAGGGAACAUCCUUGUUUAUAAUGGUGAAAUAUUUGGAGGCAUCCAGAUGAGUAGCGAUAACAAUGACACUGAAAUUUUUAUGCAACAUCUAGGACUAUGUUGUUCUCAUGUUUCCUCUCCGCAUAAUAAAACUCAUACUUCUGGGGAUAAGCAAAGUACUGUUCCAGAACUUCUUUCCAGUAUCAAGGGGCCUUGGGCUUUGAUUUAUUGGCAGAGUAGUUCAAGAAUAUUAUGGUUUGGUCGAGAUGCAUUUGGAAGGCGAAGCCUUCUUGUUCACUGGCCAACAAAGGAGGACCCUCGGUUUCUGCUGUCUUCUGUAUCACCACAUGCCUCUGUAAAUGAAAGUUCUGAAUUUGCAGAUGGAGAGGGAAUAUCCAAAACAGACUUCUGGGAAGAACUUCCAUGCGGUGUGUACAGUUUGUCUAUUGGUGAUUUAGGAACAGAUGACUAUUUAAUUGGUGAAGUUUUGAAGCAUGACUGGACAGAUCCAAAGCUGAAGGAGUUAAUCACUUGGGAGAGAACUUCUGUCCAACCAAAACCAGAGGACUUGCACGUUUCUCACCAAAAGGUUUAUAGCAAGAAAGAGGACUCGCCUUUAACUCCUUCCAUUCUGAUGGAAUCUAAGUUAGCUUCUACAGACUGCCUACUUACAUCGCUACCACAUAGGGUAAUGAUUGCUUUACAAGAGUCAAUAAUGCGACGCACUGCAUUAAAUACAAUCUAUCUGGCCACUUCAGUUGACUACACAAAUAAAUGCAAUGCUCCAGUUGCCGUGCUCUUUUCUGGUGGAUUAGACUCUAUGAUACUAGCAGCAUUACUAGAUAAGUGCAUGGAUGCCAAAUAUGAAAUUGAUCUGCUAAAUGUAAGCUUUGACGGUCCAUUUGCUCCUGAUAGAAUCUCUGCUAGAGCAGGUCUAAAGGAACUACAAAAAGUUGCCCCAUCAAGAAGAUGGAAACUUGUAGAGAUUGAUGCUGAUCUGCUUAAGCUGACCUCUGAAACGAAGCAUGUCAUGUCACUAAUAAAUCCUGCAAGGACCUACAUGGAUCUGAAUAUUGGUAUUGCUCUGUGGUUGGCUGCUAGCGGUGACGGUUGUUUGCAAGAUGAAACAGGCAACGAUGAUACCUGUGUCAGUGUCAAGUACAAAUCUGCAGCUCGGAUUCUCCUAGUUGGUGCUGGUGCAGAUGAACAAUGUGCUGGAUAUGGUCGGCAUAGGACAAAAUAUAGAAAUGGAAGCUGGUUAGCUCUGAAUGAUGAAAUGAAACUAGACAUGCAGCGGAUUUGGAAGAGAAACCUUGGGAGAGAUGAUCGGUGUAUUGCCGACAAUGGCAAGGAGGCCAGGUUCCCUUUCUUGGAUGAGGAUGUCAUUAGGAUUUUGCUAGAUAUUCCGUUGUGGGAGAUUGCUGACCUUAAUCAACCAAUUGGUAUUGGUGACAAGAAAAUCUUGCGAGAGGUUGCACAUUUACUUGGUUUGUCUGAAGCAGCUUCACUUCCGAAAAGAGCAAUUCAGUUUGGUUCAAGAAUUGCAAGAGAAUCAAAUCGGAAAAAUUUUGGAAGCAACCGUGCAGCCAAUCAAGCAUCUGCUGGAAGUGUAACGAUACACAGAAAUAACUCAUAAUCUACAUAUAUGUAAACUCCAUUCAGGAAUCAAGACCACAAGCAAAGCAAGCGUGGAAAGAUAAAAAGGCUCUAUGAUGAUUUGUCCCGCGUAUUAUUUUGAUGGACGAUUUUUGUGAGUCCAUGAUCGAGAUACUAUUGUCUGUCUUCAUGUUCGAUACAGUGAAUACUUGUCUUGAUCUCUUGGUUGAACGAUACUCGCGUUUUUUUGGGAGAAAAUGAAGUGGGAUUGUUAGUCAA